CACUAAUUGAUAUUGCGAAUUUUUUUGUAUAGAAGAUUACUCUAUUCUAUUCCAUUUUAGUUUAAGAUCCUGAAACAAAAUCAAACCAAAGAAUGUUCCAUGGAUUAGAUCUAAACUAAGAAAUUAAUAAUGAAAAAGAAGUGCUUCAAUAAAUUUCUCAAAGUAUUUCAUUUAAUCCAUAGAAAGAAGUAUCAUCUAAAUGAAAAUGAAUUCGUUUCAGAACAUUCUUAUGGAAUAUCUUCUAUUAGUCCAUUACGAAAGGGUAUAUUCAAUAAAGAAGGAUCUAUGGAUGGGGAUGAUGGUGAUGAUGAAGAUGAAGAUGAUGAUAACAAUGAAAUCUCAUCGAUAUUUUCUAUUCCAACACAAAGAAUGCAACAUAAUUCAUUGAAUUCACAUCAGAAUAAACAUGAUGUCAUUCAAUAUGUUUUAGGUGAUCCUCAGACUAUGUUGAAUCAUUUAACAAAGAAGAUUAAACAAAAAAUACCACAAUUAUCUAAUAAAAAUAUAAUGGGUAAUACUAAAACAAAUAAAGUAUCUAUAGAGAAGUUGAAUAACUUGACGACGCCCCAACAACAACAUACUACUACUACUACUACUACUACUACUACUACUACUACUACUACUACUACUACUACUACUGGUAGUAGUACUUUUAUGAAUGGGAAAUCAAUAAAAGAACAAUCCAAGAAGGAAUUAAAACCUAAACAUAUGGAUAAUGUUAAAACAAAUGAGGUCCCUUUAGAGAACUUAUAUAACUUGACUCCUCCUCCUCGUCCUCAACAACAACAUACUACUACUAGUAGUACUAGUACUAGUACUUCUUUGAAUGAGAAAUCAAUAAAAGGAUUAUCCGAGAAGGAAUUAGAACCAAAAAUUAUGAAUAAUGUUAAAACAAAUGAAGUUUCUAUGAAGAAGUUAAAUAGCGUUACGACGCCCCAACAACAACAACAUACUACUACUAGUAGUACUUUUUUGAAUGAGAAAUCAAUAAAAGGACUAUCCAAGAAGGAUUUAAAACCAAAGUAUAUGGAUAAUGUUAAAACAAAUGAAGUCUCUAUGGAGAACUUGACGACACCCCAACAACAACAUACUACUACUGCUACUAGUAGUAGUAGUACUUGUACUAGUACUUCUUUGAAUGAGAAAUCAAUAACGAAACUAUCCAAAAAGGAAUUAAAACCAAAACACAAUGAUAAACAACAAAAAGAUAAAAUCUCAACGAAAACAAUCUCUUCAAUACACAAAUCCAAUAAAUCUCAUAAAGAGAUUGAUGAAGACAAAUUGAAACGAAAAAAGACGAAACAAUCGAAUAUACAUAAACAAAUAAUAAACAACGAAUUGAUUGAUAAAGCAAUGAUUAAAUCAAAUAAGAAUGAUCCAACUAUUCAAAGAGAACAUAAUACCAUUGAACUAUUAGAUCUAAUCCAUGAUCAAGACAAUACAAUGAAACAAACUGAUGAUCUAAUCAAUGAAGACUUAUCUAUUGAGACAAUUAAUAAAUCAAUAAAGAAUGAUCUAAAUAUUCAUGAAGAACAAAAUACAAUUGAAAUAUUAGAUCCAAUCAAAUCGAUUGAAUCAAUUGACUAUCCGAUUAAUAUUACCAUGGCAACAAUCGAUCAUAUAAAUAUUCCGUUAGAAACAAAAAAUCAAUAUAUUGAAAAUGAUUUCAAAGGUUUAAAACUAUUAAAUAAUAAUAUUCUUCAUUAUAUUGAUUUAAUAGAUAAUAAUCAUAAACAAAUAGAUUAUAUCAUAGAGAAAGAAAACAAAGAUAAGCAACUAGAAGGUAACCAUGACAACAAUCUAGAUCAUAAUGUCUAUCCAAUCACAAAAAAAGAGAAUGGAAUUCAAACAGAUCAAGAACCUAACGUUAUAUCAAUCUCUAAUGUAGAUUAUCCAAAAGAGAUCUCAUCUAAACAAAUUCAUCAUAUAGAAAAGAUAACAAGAGAUUAUCUUGAUAAUAAUUAUAAGAAUAAAUUAAGAACUAUUCAUAAUGAUCAGAAUAGAUCUAUUCAAGAGAAAGACUGUACGCAUUGUGAACCAUCAAAACACGAAUCAUCUAGUGAAACCUUCUCAUCAAAUCCAACUUAUUCAUCAAUAUAUCAUAAUGAUGGUAAAUGUGAAUCUAUACAAUGGUAUAAUAAUCAACCAUAUCAUGAUCAUCAUCAUCAUCAUCAUCAUGAUCAUCAUUCAAUUCAUCAUAACUGUAUGCUUAGGGAUUCGACGAAAUCUCCACGAUUAUAUUCAUGUUAUUGUAAACAUAAUGAAUGGAAUAAUCCAUCAAAAAGAUUGAAUACAAAUCAAUUGAAACAUCAAUAUGGAUGUUACUAUGGCAACUCUUGUAAACAGGAUCAUUUCAAUAAUUAUCGAUAUUCAUAUCUUAAACGAUAUUUAUCUCCUCAAACGAUAAGAUUAUUAAAGAAAGAAUUAAAGUAUAGAUUACCAUUUCGAGAUCGACAUUAUUUAAAUCGAAAUGAUCAAAAUGAAUAUUGUCAAUGUAGUACAUCAUGUUUACCAUCUAAAGAAUAUGAUACUUCUUUGAUGAAUCUGAAUCAAUUGACUCAUUCUAAUAUACCAUCCAAUUCAUUUAAUCCAAUACAACAAUCAUCAUUCAUGAAUAACAUUAUAAAUCCUAUGAAUAUACCAUCAUUGUAUGGGUUAAAUGUACCAAUGAUAAUAACACAACCACGAUUUAUCAUAAGACAUAUUCCAGUACCAAUGAUUAUUCCACAAUGUUCUACUAGAACAAUUCAAUCAAUGAAUUCAUAUCCAUUAUCUACAAUCAAUCCAUAUGUUUAUCCGAAUGAUAUAACUUCUAAUAUAUCACAACCAAUACAUUAUGGUCUACCAUAUUAUUAAUAGACAUGAUAUGUAAAGUGAUCAUUAGUGAAAUAUACAUUCAACAGUUAUAUAGUUUAUACCUUUAUUAAAAGUGUUUUAUGGGAUAUAUUGAUGGUGACUGGAGGUAGUUAAUAGGAAUAUCUGGAUUUUUGGUAUUCAUUCACAAGAUGUACUUGUUAUUUUAAGGGUAUUGAUGCUGCUUGACAAAUUCGAUCAUGUGUCAACUAGCUUUAUAGUCAAAGAUGUUACUGUUGUGACGACUUUUACCGGGCUGUAUGUUACAUGUGGUGUUGAGUGUCAUGUAUUGUGUAUGCGUGAACACCGAUUACCACGACGUGCAAUGUUGACUAGUGUUGAGGAUGGUUGGAAGAAAGUUAGGGGCCAUUAACUUCUAGUCUGAGCCAUGUUGAUGGUAGAUGCAGACUACUUGGUUGGAGUCCGCGCGAAUAUCAGAACCAAUGGUGGAGACUCUUGAUGAUAUGGCUCACAAUCGAUCACAACGGCGUAGGUGUAUACACCCUCUGUCUUCUUGUAAACUAUGAGAUUAAAAUUGCUUUAUAUCUUUCUUUCUAUGAACUAAUCCUUUCUUCCUGUACUAUAUCCUUAUAUACAAUCUUUCUGUUAUACAUUACCAUCAUUGAAUUAACUACUUCUAUGAAUUUGGUGUUCAUCUUGUUGUGCUAAUGACGUGUGGCAACUUGGAUCGAUGCAUAUAUGUGCCUGGUCGUACAUUGUAGCUGACUAACUGACUGACUGCUAGUUACAUGUGAUUUAUUCACCAAUCGAAAUACGACUUAUACAAUCUUAGUACUAUGCCAAACCAGUGAUGUUCGACCGGUAUGAGCAGCCUACCGUCAUUAUCGGUCCUUUGUUCGCCUAGUCCAUCCGGUUGAGUCCAGAACUCCUAUAACAGCUCUCACUAUGCGAAUCAUUUAUUUCAAACAUAAUUGAUUUAUAAACCAGCCAAACAGAUCGCAUCACACCAUAAAAUAGGGAAUAACAUUCAUACAAAAUCAAGCCAAAAGUAGCUGUGAACAAGGGACACUGUAAUCCAUGAACUGAACAUAAUUUAUGAACAGUAAAUCGUAUUAUAGUAAUAAUCUAUAGAUCAAAA